AUGUAAAAAUAUAUACUAAUAAAUAUUAAACAGAAAAUAGACUUUAUAUAAAAUUUGACUCGAAAACUUUGGAUACCGAAUAUACGAAUUUGAAUUUCGUGGAUCAUAAUAUUAGUAAACGAUGGGUAGUGAUAGGUGGUGUUCGAUAGAUCAGAGUGAAAUAGCCUCGUUAUUGUGUUUAGAGAGAAAUAUGAAAUGCGCACGGUACCGCGAUUGAGACGGUUGUAACGUUAUUUGACGUGUUAUUUCAGCGGCAUUUAUUGCGAAUAUGAAUUGGAUUUUGCAUCUAUGAGUUCCGCGAGUUUUUACAGGACAAUUCCGAAUCAAAGUGUAAUUUAUAAGCAGAUUGGGUAGUAGUACAUGAGGAAAAAAGUAGCCUUCCAAGCGACAGCGGCAGUAAUUCCUCAAACGUAAACUCAAUACGGAACCUGAUUUCACCCGAAGAAGUUUCCGUUCAAGAUCGAAAUUGUUUAUUGAAUUAAAUAGCCACCGAGGUACAGCCGCAGGUAUAACGAUCGAAAAAGCGUUGUUUGUAAAAAAGAGCGUUAUAGAUUUCCUUCGCGCGAUGGCAUUUGCCGGAAGGUCGAAGGAAGUCACCGAGGAAGAGGGCUGUGAGUAUUCUAACGUGACGCAAACCAACGGACAGUUGCAAAAUGAAAUCGUUUACGUAAACUCAUUCAACCGUGAGUUUUCGGAUUCUUUUCGAACGAGACAGGGCAACGAUAACGAAAGGAUGAGCGACACGGCGUCAUGGAAUCGUGACGAUCGGAAAAACGUUGACGCAGUGGCCGUUUGCAAAAAUGAUGAUAACGAUAGACAGAAGUUCGAAAUGACAACGUUCGAGAAUAAAAGUGAUUCUUUCCGAGAUGUGGACUCCUCUAAAUCGUUCCAGGUUUGUGGAGAGUUCAUUCCAAAGGUCAUAAGCACGGAUGUAUCGAAAGGAACGCAACCUAGACCUGUAGAAACGUUGUUCAAAUACGAUCAGAACGGAACCCUCUCUUCCGUUUCCGUAUCCUUGAAAGGGAGAAACACUAUCGAUUCUGCUGACAUUUUUAAUAAAACGGACGAUUGGACUUCCAUCAAGGAAUUUAAGUACGAAAUCGGUGAUCCCAUGUCGGGGGACAGUUCGGUAGAUAUCACCACUGGAUCGGAUUUGUCUUUCACGUCGUUGGAGAGGAACAUUGACAACAUCCUUAAGGAUCAAAAUUCUCUGGAAGGGCCGAAACAACUCGAUAUUUUCGAGACUCCAAUGAAUUGCAACAUCAAGUCGAAUAAAAAGGGGUACCUCUUAUCUUCGAGUUUUCUCGAGGAUUUCGAAGGAGAGAAGGACGAUGCUCUUGUUUCCGAGUUAUCAAAGCUCUGUAUUAACGAGAGUAGCGUUUCGAAAGCCACAGGCUUCCAAAAAACCCCCCCAAUUGUGCACUUCAGUUUUUCGGACGUCGUCGAUGAUCUCGAAAUCGACUCUCAAAGCUUCUCGGAGAAUUCGUACGAAAAUACUGGCCGAGACGAGCUCGAGGUAUCAAAGGAGGAUAUUUCCGUUUCUAGUGCGUGCGAGGAUUCGGAUCAAGAUUUCCAGAAAGAACCCGAAAAUCUUUGCGACGUCGCGAAGUCGCCAUUGAACCUUGCCAUUAAAAUAAAUAGACGGAAUGUCAUCUCGCCUCCUGAAAGUUUCAAGAAAUCCGGAUGUAAGAAAAAAGCUUUACCUAUGCCCAGAAUGUCGACUCUAAACGAAAAUAUCCCCUCGAAGUUCGAGUCUUUCGUGAAGAAUCUCCAAGAAAAUUUCUCAAAGAUCGAUCCGUCUCUUGCGAACAACGAUAAGUCAUCCAAGAUCGAGGAUUCCAUUCCGGAUCUUCAAGAAAAUUCAUCAACCAUCGACCUCGCUAUUUCGAGCCGUGAUUUCUCCGAAAAGGUGUCCGAAAGCGUUGACCGUGAUGAAGUCGAAGGCAGAACGGAAGUUGCAUCGAACGAAAUGUUAUUCAAUUUCUUUGUGGAGAAAAACGAUUCCUCGCGACCCGAAACUCGAUCUAACGUUGCCCAAGAUCUUUCAGAUAGUCGAUUGAUCUUAUCCGAAGGCCUAAGUCCCUCUCAGGGUUUUCCCGAAAAUUUGUCCGCUAGCAUCGGUCGAGACGAGACCACCCAAUUCAAGAGAAACUUUUCCCACGAGAAGUCGAGCUUCAUAGAGGAGCUGGAAAUCUCGAAUAUCACUCCGGAAAUUUUGAAACAGUGGACAGGCUCUUCGAAGGACUCGAGCAAUCCGAGUUUUCAAAAUGCCUGCAACUCGACCUUUUUGCGAAGUCGAGGCCCCGUUUUGCAGGAUUCGGGCUUCCAAAACCAUUCGUCGUCUUCGAGCAACGGGUCAAAUCCGGCUUUAGGCACAAGCUCUAUCGAGAUCGACGUUGCAAAUCUCGAAAAUGGCCCUUCGGGAAAAAAUCCUCGGAACGAACCUACGGUUUCGGCGAAUAGGGAGGACAGUAUCCAGCCGAUCGAGGAGGAAAAUGCAGAUUCUUUCACGGAACGAAAUCGGGUCGCAGAGGAACGAAAGAGAGGAACGAAUUUCAAACGAAGGCAGAGUUUCCCGCGAAUGGAAUCAGCUGACUCUGGAUUUCCAAAGAAUCACCUGAUUUUCGACAACCGCUUGUCCAAGUCGUCUUCUUCCGAAUGUUUAGAGAGCUGCAUCGUGACUUUUAGAUCGAAAGUGACUUCGCAUCGGCAUGAACCUGCAAAUGUGAACAGAAGUUUCGAGAUUUUAAGCGACUAUUCAUUAUGCGAUAAUAUCGAACCUUUGCAGAAUUUCGAAAUUGCGCCAAUGGGUCAAACAAGACACGCGACAGAAAAUAAAGCAGGGAUUUAUCGAUUGAUUUCCUUCGAUUAAGGAAAUCGCUCCCAACGCUCGGAUAAAACUGUAUUCAGAAACGUAUUCGCUCUCUUUCUCAACGCUCGUCUUCUUAUUUUUUAAUUUCAUGUAUCUUCGAAAAUUGUGUCGAUUCAUUGAAUAUAAAGUGUCACUUCCUUUUUCAAACCCGACUGAAAUAAAAUGGUUUAAACCCGCUUCCGUCGACACGGA